GAUACCUGCCUGCGAAGCCCCACGACCUCUGCGAGCACCGCCGAGAGCACGCCGCCGACUGAACGUCGCAUCAAGCGUGUUGCCUACGCACACAGCAGAAGCGCUGCCUGAUGCGAUCGACGCCCAUGCUCCGCACUUAUCAACUUCCUUCGCGGCAUGCGUUAGCCCCCACAACCCCGCCGCAGCGGCCGCUCAUCGUUCUCUCUGAUUCCUUCUUCCACCGUGUAACACCUCACAAUGUCCUGUACACUGCAGUACACACCUAUUGGAGAUAUACCCAGAAUCCGAAAUGAGCUAGGAGCCGUUUUCAACUCGGGAAGGACAAGGUCUAUUGCGUACCGCAAGCAGCAGCUCCUGCAGUUAUGCUACCUCAUUGAGGAUAACCAGGAGCGGAUACGGCAGGCUAUCUCCUCGGACCUUGGAAGGCCGCGAAAUGAGACAGAUUUCCUCGAGUUGAGCGGGACUCUACUCGAGGUCAAGGACGCCUACGACAAUGUCGAGAAAUGGUCUGCGCCACAAAAGUCACCGUUCUCUCUCCUAUGGUUCUCGUUGUCUCCGGUAACAAGGAAGGAGCCAAAGGGCGUGGUGCUCAUCAUAAGCCCUUUCAACUACCCUUACUUUCUUACAUUGACCCCUUUGUCGGCUGCGAUAGCAGCUGGGAACACAGUGAUGCUCAAGCCCUCGGAGUUAACUCCUGCAUCAGCCGCCUUGCUCGCUGAGCUUAUCCCGAAGUACUUGGACCCCGAGCUGGUCCAGGUUGUCAAUGGCGGCGUGCCUGAAACUACAAAGAUUCUGGAACUCCGUUUCAACCACAGCAAUGGGCGUGUCGCGAAAAUCAUCUGUACGGCCGCAGCGCAGCACCUGACGCCAGUCACGCUUGAAGUAUCUUGGAGGUCUGUUUUUUUACGGUUUCGUGAUCUAAAUUGCGACGUCGACUUUGAUCCAGGAAAGAGCCCGUGUGUGAUAGACCCCAAGUGUAAUGCCAAAAUUGCGGCCAAGCGCAUCAUGUGGGGCAAGCUUGUUAACUGUGGACAGGUGUGCCUGUCUCCCGAUUAUGUCUUGGUGCCGGAGUCGUUCCAAGACGAAUUCGUCGAGGCUCUCCAAAACGCGUACCACGAGCUGCAUCCUACUGACCCGAAGACGUCGGGCAUGCUAGGCCGCAUCGUCAACGAACGCCACGUCGAACGUCUCAAAGGCCUCCUAGACAACACCAACGGCACCAUCGUCUUUGGUGGGGAAGUCGACAAAGAGGCCAGAUACGUCGCACCGAGUCUCAUCAGAGACGUGAAGCGCGAUGAUUCGCUCAUGAGCGAGGAGAUAUUCGGCCCGCUGCUCCCCGUCGUGCCUGUCAAGGACGUCGAUGAGGCAAUCGCCGUCAUAAAUAGCAUGGACGAAGCACUGAAUAUCUAUGUCUUCACGAGCGAGAAGAAGUUCAAGAGCAAAGUCAUGGAUAACACCCGGAGUGGAACGGUAUCCGCAAACGACACCAUUUUGCACGUCAUGGCUAACGAUGCACCCUUCGGAGGAUUCGGUGCUAGUGGUUACGGCUACUCGACUGGGAAAGCGGCGUUUGACGAAUUCACGCACUUCAGGUGCACUGUCGAUAACCCCAACUGGUACGACCUGGUCGAGUAUACUGCCAUGUCGGCACGGUACACGCCCUACAAUUCUGCUUCGUUGCAGCGCUUAGUAAAGUUCUUACACCCGCGCCUUCCGCCGCGGAACGGAGGAACGUCAGCCAUGACCAAGCUCUGGUACGUGCUCGGGGUGGCCGUCGCCGGAGCGGCAUGUACGUCACUGGCUGUCCUGUUCCUCUAG